AUGAGAAAUAACACUAAAUUGCUGAUUACUGUCUUGAUUAUAUGUGCAUUAGUUUUCCUUGCACCAGUUGAAGGUAAAAAGAAGAAAGGCAAGAUGGGAGGCAUGGGUGGAAUGGGCGGCGGAAAUGGCCCCUUUGGAAACAAGAAAUCUCAAAUGAUUUUCGUUACAAUCAGAGAGGGCUACAUCGAUCCAGCAGGCAUUGAUAAGAUGGCAAAGGAUUUCCAGUCAAUCAUGUCUACUGGUGGCAUCUAGGUAGGAAUUGUGGGAGUUGACAAGAACCAAAUGAUCGCUGUUGCCAAUAAUAUCAAGGAACUGAUUGAGAUUAGAAAAUUCGCAGUUUAAAUGGAGUAGGUACUGAAAGUAGAGUAUGAGAAAACAAGUUUCCCUGGUAAAUACAUCACUGAAGAAGAAAGAAAAGCAAACAAUCUCAGAGAAGAAGACACCAAAGAUGAUCUAUGA